GACUCUCGUUGUCAAGCGAGGGCCGGCAAUUCCUUCGUCGUUCCUUCCUAGUGUUCAUAGAGCACCGUGUGCACGCAGCACGCGAGUUGUCCUCCACUAUAUUAAGGCCCGGGCUACGGUGCCUAUCUCAAAGAAGCAGUAGCAAGUGUAGCAGCACACACGAUCGAGCUAGCAAAGUUCCAUCCAUUUCAUCAUGGAUGCCCUCGCAGCGUACUCAUGGUUCGGCCAGCUCUCGGUGGUGAUCAGCGUCGUCGCCGUGUGCUGGACCAUGGUGUGGCAGAACCUGGAGCACAUCCGCCUGCAGCAGUUCUUCGCGCGCGGCUUCAACCGCCGCGCGCGGCGGCUGGCCGCGAUCGUCGACCCCUACCUCUCCGUCACCUUCGAGGAGUAUGAGGGCGGGCGCAUCAAGAGCAGCGACGCCUUCAAGGAGGUCAGGUCCUACCUCACCACGGCCAGCACCCGCGACGUGCGCCACCUCCGGGCCGAGUGCGGCGGCGGCGGCGGGGACAAGCUCGUGCUCAGCAUGGCCAAAGGCGAGGAGGUGUCCGAUGCCUUCCGCGGCGCCACGGUCUGGUGGUCGGCCGCCGCCGUGCCGCCGCCGCGCGACGCCGUGCCCUACUGGAGCCGCGCGUCGCGCGCCGAGCGCCGCUACUUCCGGCUGGAGUUCCACGAGAGCCACCGCGACCUCGUGCUCAACGACUACAUCCCGCACGUGCGCAGGCAGGGACGCGCCAUCAUGGUCCAGAACCGCCAGCGCCGGCUCUACACCAACAUCCACCGCGAAGGCUACGACGAUGGUUGGUACGAGGACGUUUGGACCCAUGUCCCGUUCGACCACCCCAAGACGUUCGACAAGAUGGCCAUGGACCCAGCGAAGAAGAAGGAGAUCAUCGACGACCUCGACAUGUUCAAGAAGGGCAAGGAGUACCACAACCGCGUCGGGAAGCCGUGGAAGCGGGGGUACCUCCUGUACGGCCCGCCGGGCACCGGCAAGUCCACCAUGGUCGCGGCCAUGGCCAACUACCUGGACUACGACGUCUACGACUUCGAGCUCACUUCGGUGAAGACCAACACCGAGCUCCGGAAGCUGCUCAUCGAGACCAAGAGCAAGUCCAUCAUGGUGUUCGAGGACAUCGACUGCUCCCUCGACGUGACCGGCAAGCGCAGGAGCAAGGAGGAGGAGGGCAAGGCCGACGACGAGGACGAGAAGGACGGGGACCCGCGCCGGCCGAGCAAGAAGGACGCCAAGAGCAGGGUCACCCUCUCCGGCCUGCUCAACUUCAUCGACGGGCUCUGGUCGGCGUGCGGCGAGGAGCGGCUCAUCGUGUUCACCACCAACCACGUCGAGAAGCUGGACCCGGCGCUGAUCCGGACGGGGCGGAUGGACAAGAGGAUCGAGAUGUCCUAUUGCGACGCCGAGUCCUUCAGGUUCCUCGCCAGGAUGCACCUCGACGGCGAGGACGCCGAAGGGCACGAGCUGUUCGGCGUCGCCAGGGCGUUGCUCCAGGAGGUGAACAUGGUGCCCGUCGACGUGGGCGAGCACCUUACGCGGAAGAGCGUCGACGACGACGCCGGGUCGUGCCUCGCGAAGCUGGUGGCGGCGCUAGAAAAAGCCAAGGAGGAAGCUGCCAAGCCGGAGCCGGCACAGGCUGAGGAAGACGAAGGGAAGAAGGGGGUCGUUGUGCAAGCUAAGGAUGAUAAUUAAGGGUCGCUGCUGGUGCUGGCUCGUCCGUCCUGUUGCUGUCUCCUGACUCUCCUGUAUCUGGUGUGUAUGCAUAGAUUGCUGCUUGCUUGGUAGGUACUCAGAAUAAGACUAAGCGCGGCGCUCUAGCUAGUCGCUGGCUGAAGUAAGGCUUUGUUUCAGUGUGCUAGCUUAUUCCAAUGCAACAAUAAUCAGGAUUGUAUUCAGGUAACCCAUGUACUAAUUAACUACUCCCUCCCUCCAUCUAUUGGUACAUGGGAGUUGUGGCUGUAUGCACGUCAUAUAUAUUUAUUAUAUAUAUAUGUACUGUGUAAAUUAA